UGGCAUACGAACGUGGCGCACGAACACGUACGGCAGGGGGCAGCAGCGAACUUCUCCGGAUUUAAUUGCAGUGGCAAAACGGAAUUAAGGCUUUCAAGUCAGCACAGCUCUAGAGAGAUCGGAAACUUCCAUUCAUCUCCAUCCACACAGAGAAAGAAGAGCAAGGUCUGAGAGCUAGGCCGCAACAAUGGAGGGAGCUGCGGCGAGCGCGGCAACGGGAGCCCUGCAACCCGUUGUGGAGAAGCUGACGGCUCUGCUUGGCGACGAGCACGAGCGCUUCAAGCCGACGCGCGGCGAGAUCGAGUUGCUCGCUCAAGAACUCGACGCCAUAAAGGCCUUCCUCAUCGAGAAAUCAGAGGUCGAAGAUCCUGGUGAGGAAGACAGGCUCUGGAUGAAGGAUGUGCGGGAGCUGUCUUACGACAUCGAAGACAGCCUCGACGAGUUCAUGCUACAUGCCGGCGACAAGUCCGCCAAGCCGGACGGCUUCAUGGAGAAGAUCAGGAGCUUGCUGGAGAACACCAAGAGUUGCCAUCGGAUAGCCAAGGAGAUUGAAGAUCUGAAGAAAAAAGCCAUCGAUGCAGCCGAAAGGAAUCAAAGGUACAGUGCCGGUGACCAGCCCGUAGCCAGUGCCUACAUUGCAUCGGUUGAUCCAAGAGCGCUUGCGAUGUUUGAGGAUGUGACGAAGCUUAUCGGCAUCGACGGACCGAACGGCGAGCUCAUCAGGUUGCUGGAAAAAGAUGAGACUGGAGAUGGCUCGGCCCAGCAACAAACUAGAGUGAUUUCCAUUGUUGGAUCUGGAGGAACCGGGAAAACGACUCUGGCACACCAGGUAUACCAGAAGCUUGAAGGUCGAUACAAUCAUCGGGCGUUCUUAUCGGUAUCAAGGAAUCCGGACAUCAAGGGAAUCUUGAGAACUAUCCUAUAUGAAGUGGUGAGACAAAAAGAUUUUGAAGCCGUGAUUAAGGGAGAUUAUGUUAGCAGAGUGGAUGGGGAGGAUCAACUUGUCACAAAGAUCAGGGAAUACCUCACAGGCAAAAGAUACUUCAUUCUGCUCGAUGAUAUAUGGGACGUGCAGACAUGGAACAGCAUUAAGGAUAUCUUCCCCAUGACCAGCUGUGGCAGUAAAAUCAUCACCACUACUUGUACAAAUGACGUGGCUCAGGAAUGUUGUCGAUCAUCCACUAAUGGACAUAUAUACAAUAUAACACCUCUUAGUAUGGCUGACUCAACACAGUUAUUCUACAGAAGAUUGUUCAACCCUGAAGAAAAAUGCCCUUCACACCUUGAAGAAAUUUCUGGACAAAUAUUGGAGAAAUGUGCCGGCUUGCCGUUAGCGAUCACUGCUAUAUCUGGUUUGUUGUCCAGCAAGAAAAAAACAAAGGAGAAAUGGGAUCGAGUGAAAAAAUUGAUUGGCUGUGGACUUGAAAGAAAUUCUAGCGACGAAGUAAUGUCAAAGAUACUAUCGCUCAGUUACUUUGAUCUUCCUCUCCAUCUUAAAGCUUGCCUACUGUACCUCAGUAUAUUUCCAAAAUAUUAUACCAUUGGGAAGCAGAAUUUGAUAAGGAGGUGGAUUGGUGAGGGAUUCAUCCAUGAACAGAACGGAAUAUCAGCAGCAUACGAUUUAGGCGAGAGGUGUUUUAAUGAUCUCAUCAAUAGGAGCUUGAUCCAACCAGCAGGGAGAGACAAAUUUUUUGAGGUGAAUAGCUGCCGGGUUCAUGACACAGUUUUUGAUUUCAUUGUUUCCAAGGCCAUUGAAGAGAACUUUGUUACUUUAAUAGGAGAACCUGGUGUAAAUCCUAUUGCUGGAAACAAGGUCCGUCGGCUGUCUAUCCAGAAUGAUGGUGAAAUCCCAUCAGAACUAGUUUUAUCUAGCGUCAGGUCACUUAAUGUUUUUGGCGGUAAUAUGGAAAUUCCAUCUCUGUUGGAGUUUAGGCUCUUGCAUGUAUUGGCCUUUGAAGACUGUAAGCAGUUAAAAGAUGAUCAUCUUGCGGAUGUAGGCAAUUUGUUGCACCUGAGACACCUGAGGCUCAACCAUGCAAAUGCUGUUACAAAGCUUCCAGAAGCAACAGCAGAGCUGAAACACUUGGGGACACUUGAAGUACAUGGACACGACACACUAAUGGAAAUUCCAGCAGCCAUUUGCCAGGUUGGGCGGUUGGAAUGUCUGGUAACUCUAGUAGUCACUGACGAUUAUGCUGUAUUGCCUGAUAAAAUUGUAGACAUGAAAGCAUUGCGGGUAUUGGAAGGUGUCAGCGUGUAUCGUCAGUCGAUCAACUUCAUUCGCCGGCUUGGUGAACUAACAGAUCUGAGGAAGCUGGGCAUGAUAUUUGUCAAUAGUUAUGCUGAUGAAGAAUGGGAGGAGAAAUAUGAAGAGAUUGUCUCUUCGAUCUACAAGCUUACCAAAGCAAACCUUGAUUCUCUGCAUAUCUAUACCUUAAAUGAGCCACCAGAGUUGCUGGACAAUCUAAGCAAAGAACACCCUGAUCCAUUGGGCCUUCGGGAACUUGUCAUCGAGGGGGAUGCCGUAUCAGGCCUUGCAGCUUGGUGGGGUUUACUUGUGAACCUCCAGAAGUUACUCUUCUGUGCGGAUGAAAGUGUCAGCGAGGAAGAUGUGGAGACCCUUAGAAGCCUACCCUGUCUGGAAUACCUCUGCAUCCAUCUGUGGGAUGCACCCGAGGAUCCUGAAGUGAAGGCUCCUCUGGAGAGAGCAAUGAAGGCCCAUCCCAACCUUCCCAAAUUGAUAUGGGUAGACUUGGAUUAGAUCUCAGUUACCAAUUCUUCCUUGCAAACAGUUCUUGGCUCAGAAUACCUGUCAUUUCUUCUAGAUAUAAGCUUUCCCAGGGGGACUUUAUUACUACUAUAGAACUGAGCAAACGGUUUUUUCCUUUGUUUUUUUUCUGGCCCUUAAUGAUAUAAGCAUGUCCUUGAAAUGCUCACUAUACAGGACAAAUUGGACCUCCUUGAGAGCUCCAUGCCAUAUCCUGCCGGAGCCGGAGAAGUGUGAAAUGUCCCUCCAACUUAUGAACUGCCGUAUAGCAGCUUAUCUUGCUUCGUGAAUAAACAAAAAAAAAUGCUAGUGCAAGUGUAAGGAAUCCAGUAUCCUCUGGGUCAAUAGGAUGUGCAGAUCCCCGGAACAGUUUAUAGAGCCUUGUCCUGUGGAGCUCAACGUGCAAAAGGGUCUUCCUCCGGUUGCAAGACAUUAGUAUUCAGUUA